GACUACAGCUCCCGGCGUGCCCCGCGGCGGCGGGCGGGGCCGGGCUGGGGCCGGGCGGAGGAGCCAAGAUGAACGCCGUGCUGGCCGUCAAGCAGUACGUGUCCAAGAUGAUCGAGGACAGCGGGCCCGGCAUGAAGGUUCUGCUCAUGGACCGGGAGACGACCGGCGCGGUGAGCAUGGUGUACACCCAGUCCGAGAUCCUGCAGAGGGAGGUGUACCUGUUCGAGCGCCUGGACUCCGCGCACAGGGAGCCCAUGAAGCACCUCAAGGCCAUUUGCUUCCUGCGGCCCACCAAGGAGAACGUGGAGUUCCUCAUUCAGGAGCUGCGGAGGCCGAAGUACAGCACCUAUUUUAUCUAUUUCAGCAACGUGAUCAGCAAGAGCGACGUGAAGGCGCUGGCCGAGGCCGACGAGCAGGAAGUCGUGGCUGAAGUUCAGGAGUUCUACGGCGAUUACAUCGCGGUGAAUCCACACGUGUUCUCUCUCAACCUCUUGGGCUGCUGCCAGGGCCGGCACUGGGACCCGGCGCAGCUGGCCAGGACCACGCAGGGGCUGACCGCGCUGCUCCUGUCCCUCAAGAAGUGCCCCAUGAUCCGCUACCAGCUCUCGUCCGAGCCCGCCCGGCGCCUGGCCGAGUGCGUCAAGCAAGUGAUCACUAAGGAGUACGAGCUGUUCGACUUCCGGCGCACGGAGGUUCCCCCGUUGCUGCUCAUCCUGGAUCGCUCUGACGACGCCAUCACCCCCCUGCUGAACCAGUGGACGUACCAGGCGAUGGUCCACGAGCUGCUGGGGAUUAACAACAACCGCAUCGACCUCUCGCGGGUGCCGGGGAUCAGCAAGGACCUGCGCGAGGUGGUUCUGUCCGCCGAGAACGACGAGUUCUACGCCAACAACAUGUACCUGAACUUCGCGGAGAUCGGCAGCAACAUCAAGAACCUGAUGGAGGAUUUCCAGAGGAGGAAGCCCAAGGAGCAGCAGAAGCUGGAGUCCAUCGCGGAUAUGAAGGCGUUCGUGGAGAACUACCCGCAGUUCCGCAAGAUGUCGGGCACGGUGUCCAAGCACGUGACGGUGGUGGGCGAGCUGUCGCGCCUGGUCGCCGAGCGCAACCUGCUGGAGGUGUCGGAGGUGGAGCAGGAGCUGGCCUGUCAGAACGACCAUUCCAGCGCCCUCCAGAACGUGCGGCGGCUGCUGCAGAACCCGCGGGUGACGGAGCUGGACGCGGCGCGGCUGGUGAUGCUCUACGCGCUGCACUACGAGCGGCACAGCAGCAACGGCCUCCCCGGGCUGCUCACCGAGCUCCGGAACCGCGGCGUGGCCGACAGAUACCGAAAGCUCGUGUCCGCCGUUGUGGAAUAUGGAGGGAAACGGGUCCGGGGCAGCGACCUGUUCAGUCCCAAGGACGCCGUAGCCAUCACCAAACAGUUCCUCAAAGGACUGAAGGGCGUUGAGAACGUGUACACGCAGCACCAGCCGCUGCUGCACGAGACGCUGGACCAGCUCAUCAAGGGGAAGCUCCGGGACAGCCAGUUCCCCUACCUGGGGCCCAACACGCUCCGCGACAGGCCCCAGGACAUCAUUGUUUUCAUCAUCGGAGGAGCCACGUACGAGGAGGCGCUGACCGUGUACAACCUGAACCGCAGCACGGCGGGCGUGCGCAUCGUGCUGGGCGGCACCACCAUCCACAACACCAGGAGCUUCCUGGAGGAGGUGACGGCCUCUGGGUUCCGCGGCCCCGAGAGCACCCAAGCGCCGCCGCGCUCGAGCAGCAGGCGGUGAAUCCCGGACGAGCCCCGACUGCCCCCAGAGCUCCCAAAGCGCCGGAUCCUCAGCGGGCACCAGGAACGCUGCCCUGGUGGACCAGGACGUGCCCCGAACCGCAGAACCCUGCUCGUCUUCUCGCAGACGCAGCUCAGAACGCGCGGAGCUGGAACCGGAGCCUGCGGGGAGAAGCGUCACAAACCUCGUCCCACCGCGCGGGUUUGGUCCCAUGAACAAUCCUGGCCCGGGCGCUGUGUGCGGCGGAGCUGAUGCGCACGAGACGCUCUUUGCUUGUUGUCUGUAUAUUUUGAGUCCUAUUAAAUAACCCAUUUUGACCGAA